UCGUUGUCUUCGGUUGCGCGCGCGCGCACGUGGCCCAAGCCACAAACCGGCUCGCGGGGCGCCUGCGCGAAUGGGCGGUUGGGGAAGGCGUUGGGAGGCGGCGCCGAGCGUGGUCGAGCUGCGCCCCACGGCGGCGGUGGCUGAGGUGGCCGUUGGAAAUCCAUGAGAGUUGAACUUCCAUUCUUGUUGAAGAAUGGCCUGGUUGGAGUUUAGAGCAUUUAGGAGUCUUCUCUGGAAGAAUUUUAUUUUAAAGAAGCGGCGAAUUAUUAAUUUACUUACAGAAAUAUUCUUAACGAUUGUAUUUGGUGUUGGAAUUUUGUUAGCACGCAAAUUUGUUGUUGUAAAGAAGAAUGGACCUUUCAAUUAUAGUGCUCAGCAAGUUGACAAUGUGCCUACAUUCAUCGGUGCUCCUGCUACUACUCCUUAUCCUUGGGAAUUGGCUUAUGUACCUUCCAAAAGUACUGCAGUACAGAAUAUUGUUGAAAAUGUGAAAGACAAUUUAAACUCCAACAUGAAAGUUUUGGGAUUUUCUUCGGAAAGAGAAUUUGAAGAUUAUGUUAAACAAAAUAAUAAAACUAAAAACGUUUUGGCUGGUAUUGUUUUUGACCAUGACUUCCAGAAUAGCAAUGAUCCCCUGCCACUUAAGGUGAAAUACCACCUGCGUUUUAGUAGUUUUAAGAAGAACAGCAGAAAGUUUGCGACUCAGUUGGAAGAGGAAUCCUGGUUAACAAAUUCUCUCUUUCCGUCCAUGCCUUCUAUGGGACCCAGAAACCAACAUGAUGCACUUGGGGGGAAUCCAGGGUACAUCAGUGAAGGGUUCCUGGCUGUGCAGCAUGCCCUGGAUAAGGCCAUCAUGCGGCAUCAUAACAACACAGCUACAGAAACACUGUUUAAUGGAGUCAAGAUUUUUGUUCAGAGAUUUCCAUAUCCAUCUUAUUAUCAUGAUGUUUUCUUUUUAUUUGCUAUUGUUUUCAUCCCUUUAAUAAUUGUAUGUAUCUUCUCUAUGAAUCAUCUUACCAUAAUUCAAUCUAUUGUGUGGGAAAAAGAAAAUCGAUUGAAGGAAUACCAGCUCAUGAUAGGACUCAGUAAUUGGAUGCUCUGGACUGCCUAUUUCUUCACAUUCAUCCUCUUGUAUUUUAUUAUCAUCAUCAUUAUAUGCAUAAUUUUAUAUAUCAAGAUUCAAUCUGUCUCAGUCCUUGAAUACAGUGACCCAAUUAUUGUCUUCAUCUUUUUGCUAUUUUAUACCAUGCCCUCAAUAUGCUUCAGCUUUAUGGUUAGCACAUUCUUCAGUAAUGCCUAUUUUGCUAUUACUCUGGGAGGUUUCUGUUUUUUUAUCACCUAUCUUCCGGCUGCUAACCUGUCUGUCAACUAUGGACAGAUGACAUUCAACCAGAAGAUAGUUUCUUGUCUCAGCUCUAAUUAUGCAAUGGCACUGGGAUUUAAAUUUAUAUUUGAUGCAGAAGUGAAGAAAACUGGAAUUAAAUGGAAUAACAUCUUCUCACCAAACAAACAAGACAACUUUUUAUUUGCCUAUAUCCUGGGGAUGUUACUACUUGAUGCUUUAUUGUAUUUCAUUGUGACUUGGUAUGUAGAAGCUGUAUAUCCAGGAAAGUAUGGUGUGCCCAAGCCAUGGAACUUUUUCUUGCAGCCCUCUUACUGGUUUGGAGAACCACCUGUGAAAAAAUCUGAAACACACCAGUUUCAAGAAACAAUUCAAAGCAAGUAUUUUGAAGCUGAACCUACUGAUUUGGUAACAGGUAUCACGAUCAAACACUUGCACAAGGCUAGUUGGUUGCCUAGAAACCCCACUUCUCUGAUUUGUUCAAAAGAAGUAAAUUAUUCAACUUGCACGUGUCACUGGCAUGGGAGUGAUGUUCUUUCCAGCUAUUGUAUCCUAAGUGGAAGCAAUUCUAGUUUACAUGUUUUCCAAGAUAAGGGCACUACUAAAGUAGCAAUAAAGGAAUUGUCUCUGAAUUUAUAUGAGGGACAGAUCACUGUUCUUCUCGGACACAAUGGGGCAGGAAAAUCCACUACCAUGUCCAUUCUGUCAGGUCUCUAUCCGCCUACUAGUGGAGAGGCCUAUGUUUAUGGGUAUGAUAUCUCAACCCAGAUGGUUCAGAUCAGAAAAUCACUGGGGUUGUGUCCCCAGCAGGAUUUGUUGUUUAAUUACUUGACAGUAUCAGAACACCUUCAAUUCUAUAGUGCGAUAAAAGGAAUACCUCAAAAGAAGUGUCUUAAGGAAAUUGACCACAUGCUGUCUGCUUUUAACCUGCUAGAAAAACGUGAUGCAUUUUCAAAGUCACUGAGUGGAGGAAUGAAGCGCAAACUCUCCAUCAUUAUAGCACUUUUAGGAGACUCCAAGGUGGUGAUACUUGAUGAGCCCACAUCUGGCAUGGACCCAGCCUCAAGGAGGGCCACCUGGGACCUCCUUCAGAACUAUAAACAGAAUCGUACCAUGUUACUGACCACCCACUACAUGGAUGAAGCUGAUGUUCUAGGUGACCGCAUUGCCAUCAUGGUCCAAGGAUACUUGCAGUGCUGUGGCUCUUCAAUUUUCCUGAAAAAAUUAUAUGGUGUAGGAUACCACAUAGUCAUGGUGAAGGAACCUCACUGUAAUGUUGAAGAAGUCACAAAAUUGAUUCAUUACUAUGCACCAGCAGCCACAAUGGAGAGCAAUGUUGGAACUGAAUUGUCAUUUACUCUACCCAAAGAAUAUGCACACAGGUUUGAAACUCUGUUUACUGCCCUGGAAAAGAGACAGGAAAAGCUGGGUAUUGCUAGCUUUGGUGCUUCAAUCACUACUAUGGAAGAAGUCUUCCUCAGGGUCAGUCACAUGGAAAAUGUACCAGAAGAUAUCCUAGCCAUGCAGCCUCCCUCGCAGAUGAGCCAACCCACAAUGAACCAGAAUAGGAAUGCAUCAGAUGUCCAGGGGGUACAUUCUCCCACACUGAAUGAAAGCUCUAUUAGGUUUAAUACUGGGUGCUCCCUCUACUGCCAACAGUUUCGUGCCAUGUUCUUAAAGAGAAUAAUGUUCAGUUGGCGCAAUUGGAAACUGGUUUUGGUACAGGUACUGGGACUUGCAGCUUCCUUUGCCUUUCUGUUUGAGGUUGCUAACCCUUCAAAUGCUGAAGAGAAGGCUAGAAAAAUGGAUUUGGGUGAAUAUGGUCAGACCAUUGUGCCUUAUUCUAUUUCUGGAAAUUCUGAUUUGACUACAAAUUUUUUAAAACUCCUUGAGAGUAAGCUAAUAUCUGAGAAACAAAAACUUAAAGAAGUGAAAGGUGAUCUACUGAAUUUCUUAAUGGAAAAUAGUGAUAAUCGUUUAUAUAUUAUCGCGCUUUCCAUUGAGGUGAAAACAAAUGAGACAGUAUUUACUGUUCUGUUCAACAAUGAAGCUUAUCAUUCACCAUCUGUGGCCCUAGCAGUGUUAGACAACGUUCUGUCCAUGUCAGUUUCUGGCAAGGAUGCUUCCUUAACAGUGUCCAACAAACCUCAGCCACGCCCUAACAGUAAAGAUAAGGAAAGAACUGAAAAUGGAAAUAUGGUGGCCUCCAAUAUACAGCUUGGUGUGGCUAUUCUGAUCAGUGGAUUUUGUCUCCUGACAGUGACUGAGAAAACUUCUAAGGCAAAGCAUAUCCAGUUUUUGAGUGGAACCUCUGUCUUUGUGUACUGGAUUUCUGCUUUACUGUGUGAUUUCAUCAUCUUCUUCAUUUCUUUCUUAUUACUAAUGAUUGUAUUCAGAUACUACAAACUUAAUAUUUACAUCAUGGAGUAUCACAUUCUGGAAACAAUGCUAAUCUUCACACUAUUUGGCUGGUCUGCCAUUCCCCUCACGUAUCUGUUGAGCUUCCUGUUUUCUGGAAGUACUUCUGCCUAUGUCAAACUGAUCCUAUUCAACUACUUUUCAGGCACUAUUUGCAUCCUCAUAGACAACUCGGUAGAUAUCAUGCGAAGUUUAUCGAAUGGCACCAAACAGUUUCUACGCAAUUUGUUACUGUUGUUUCCCAAUUACAACCUUGCAAAGUGCCUCAGUGAAUAUACUAAUAUCUACAGUUUGAAGAUACUGUGCAACGCUCUAAAGACUCCCUCUGCCUACCUUAAUUGUAGUAAAGAAAAUACUAAGAAGACUAUUUACUCUUUGGAAAAGGGUAUGCUUGGAAAGUAUUUUAUUAUCAUGGGUAUUGCAGGCUUUCUUUUCCUUCUCUUCAUUUUACUUUGGGAGAGUACUUUUUGGAGAGUAAGAACAUUUCUCAAUCAACAAGUUUUCUUUAGAAUCUAUAAGAAAUUCAAGAAGGAGCAGGUGUCCAAGAAACUUUCUGGAAAAUCCGAAGAUGAAGAUGUACAAAAUGAGAGAAUUAACAUACUGCAGCAUCCUGAGAAGUUUCAGAAUUCUGUAGUUCUUAUUAAGGAACUCACAAAGAUAUAUUUUAAGUAUCCAGUUAUUCUGGCUGUGAAAAAUAUCUCCCUUGCAAUACAAAAGAAAGAAUGCUUUGGAUUGCUUGGAUUCAAUGGAGCUGGAAAAACAAGUACCUUCCAAAUUUUGACUGGAGAAGAGAGUGCUACCUCAGGGGAUGUGUUCAUUGAUGGCUUUAGCAUCAACAGAAAUGUCCUACAGGUGAGGUCGAGAAUUGGCUAUUGUCCUCAAUUUGAUGCCUUGCUGGAAUACAUGACUGCUCGAGAAAUACUGAUAAUGUAUGCCAGAGUUUGGGGAGUCUCUGAGUCUCAGAUUCAGCUGUAUGUGAACUCAUAUUUGAACUCAAUGGAACUGGAGCCUCAUGCUAACAAGAUUAUUAGCACCUAUAGUGGAGGAAACAAACGUAGGCUGAGUACUGCUAUUGCUCUAAUGGGAAGGUCCUCAGUUGUCUUCCUGGAUGAGCCAUCAACAGGCAUGGACCCAGUGGCCCGACGCCUGCUCUGGAAUGUGGUGACCAAGACCCGUGACAGUGGAAAAGCUAUUGUUAUCACCUCCCACAGUAUGGAAGAAUGUGAUGCCCUCUGUACCAGGCUAGCCAUCAUGGUGAAGGGGAAGUUCAUGUGCUUGGGCAGCCCUCAGCAUCUCAAGAACAAGUUUGGCAAUAUUUACAUCCUGAAGGUUAAGGGCAAGAGUGAGCAUAUGUUGGAACCUUUUAAAAAUUUUAUCAAAAUGACAUUUCAAGGUAGUGACUUGAAGCACCAGAAUCAAAAGAUCCUUAACUACUAUAUUCCCUGCAAGGACAACGGCUGGGGAAAGAUGUUUGGCAUUUUGGAGAAAGCUAAAGAGCAAUUCGAUUUAGAAGAUUAUUCCAUCAGUCAGAUAACCCUGGAACAAGUCUUCCUCACUUUUGCUAAUCCAGAAAAUACAGAUGAUGAUUCUCUACAAAAGGUGCCAUGAAUGAUAUUCAGUUGCAGUCAGUGACACUUCUACCUUUCUUACAUUAUACCUGAACAUUUAGAGGAACAUUUCUGUGUUUGUAUAUCUUGGUGUAUAUAGAUUUAUGUAAUAAAUAUUUCCCCAAAGGAAAAAGUUUGUCCCUUUCUUUUCAUACUUAGAUGGGUGGAUUGUAGUUGUGCUAAUAUUUCCAAAAUAAAAUUCUUAUACUUCAAUUGUAAGAGAAUGUUUGCACCAAGAACAUUUGGAAGUAAACAGAAACAAAAAAAUUCUUUAAAAAUAGCGUUAUCCUUGCUA